UUGUUUUGAAAGCCAAAGGAAGGCAGAGAAAGAAGAAAGAGAAAUUAGAAUGGCAGCAUCAGCAAUGGCUUCUGUGAUCUUGAAACCAGCAGCUCCUUUCAGUUUUGAAAAAUCUUCAGUGAAAGGUCUUCCAACUCUCUCAAGGAGAAGCUUCAGAGUUGAGGCCAGUGGAGGCAAGAUCAAGACUGAUAAGCCAUAUGGAAUCAAUGGUGGAAUGAACCUCAGGGAUGGCCUUGAUGCCUCUGGAAGGAAGGCUAAGGGCAAGGGUGUAUACCAAUUUGUUGACAAAUAUGGUGCCAAUGUGGAUGGAUACAGCCCUAUCUACGACACAAGAGACUGGUCUCCAAGUGGGGAUGUUUAUGUUGGGGGCAGAACAGGGUUAGCAAUAUGGGCAGUGACGCUGGCUGGGCUUCUUGCAGGAGGAGCUCUUCUUGUCUACAAUACAAGUGCUUUGGCACAAUAGACCUACUUCUAAUAGCUUGUGCAUCUCUAUGUGUGGUUUCCUAUUUCCUAUGUAACAAUUUGGCAACUCUUUAUGUGCAUUUGCUGUGAACCCUUAUUAGCCAUGAUGAAUCCACUAUUUCUCAUAAAUUAGGAUCA